AUGGGAGCCAGGGAGCAGCCGCUGGCCCCAAGAUGGAAGAUGCAGGGCCGAAGCCCCCAGCCGAGCAUGGAGCUGAACAGACUGCUCCUCCUCACAUCUUUCCUCCUGCACAUCAAAGAGGACCGUGCCAGCCCAACACGGCUGGUCUGUGACAACAGGCUUAUCCAGAAGUACAUCAUGGAGGCCAAGGACAUGGAAACCAGAGUGGGCCAGUGCCAGGCCCUGCCUGUGCUUAGCUGUCCUGCAGUGCUGCCCUUGGUGGACUUCACUUUCCAGCAGUGGAAAUCCAAAUUGGUGAGAGGGGCUGGGAGGAGGGUGCUGGUACUGGUGUGCCAGCAGGACUGGAGAAGGAACCUUGGGUUGGCACAAGCACCAGAAAUGCUGAACAAGAUGCUUGUGGGCAUAUCUGGUGGCACAGGGAGGGUAGAGGACCCCAUCCAGCCCCAAGGUGGGCAAAGGAAGCAACGAGGCCCUGGGGAUCACUGUCUGCUCCCCCAGAACGAGACCAAGCGGCGGGAGAUUCUGUGUGAUCUGGCCCUGCUGGUGGGUGCUGUGGCGGGGGCCCAGGGCCAGGUGAGCGAGGAGUGCGGGGCCAAGCAGCUGAGCCAGCUUUACCGACAUGCCAACUCCUUCUUCCUGCUCCUGCAGACCUUCAGCUGGGAGGGAGGACACUGGGAGCCGAGCUGCUCCCCACACUCCAUGGAGCAGACCCACGUCACCAGCAUCUUCCUCACCUACCGGCAGCUGGUACAGGGCAAGCUGCUCUUCUUCUUUGAAGACCUGGCCAAGGUCUUGUGCAAGCAAGGACAGGGGGACAGCAAAGACCCUCCAUACGAGGCCCGGUGAGGCUGCACACAGGGUUCAACCCCAAUGCGAUGCUGGAGCAAUCCUGCAGGACACUAAGCUGUGCUCUGGGUGCCCAGGAAGAUGCCCACAGGGAAAGGGUCAGCACCGGUUCCUCAAUUCUCCGUCGACUGCGCAGCCCAUGGAGGGAAACAGUGACACUCAUGUGCCAGUGGGCACAGGCCCUGCUCCCACCCAGGCAGGAACCUCUACUGUGAAUGCUUUUCGAUUAAAGAGCUA